CGCGGGAGAGGGAAGAGAAGAAAGCUUGGCCGGAUAUAAAAGCACACUCAAUGGAACCAGCCACCAGUUGAUCUAUCUACUCUAAUUCUUUCUCUUCUAUAUCUACCUUCGCUCCGUGUAUAGUGUUACCUUCCAUCGUUCAGCAAUGGCACUAAAGUACUUCUUCUUUGCCGCGUGUAUCGCAGCCGUGAAUGCUGGACUGGCUAUAACAUCCACAUCCGACAACACGUACCGAAGCCACGGAAAUCUUGCCCAGAUCUCCACGCAAUCCAAGUCCAUCGAGACUCCGUACUCCAGCUCCAGCAAGAGCGACAUCCGCGUGUCUAACCCAGCCGUCUAUGCCAGCCCAGCGCACUUUGGCCACUAUGCGUCCGCAGCACCGAGUGUUCACCAUUAUUCUUCCGGCCCAGCCAUCCAGCAUUAUUCCGCUCCAGCGGUCCAGCACUAUUCUCCAGCUCCAGUAGUUGAGCACUACGCUCAUGCACCAGCUGCUCACAACAGUCCCGUUUACACCUCGGCACCUGGUCCAGUCAUUGCCAAGGCGGCAUACCAUGUCCCAGUACCAGCCAUCCACUAUGCUCAACCUACCCCCGUUGCUCAAUCCGUGUACGCUCACGCUGAACCAGCUCAUUAUGCCCACGCUGAACCUGCUCACUAUGCCCAUGCUGCUCCAGCUCAUUAUGCCCAUGCUGCCCCUGCUCACUAUGCCCAUGGGGGCCAGGUAGCCGGGCAUCAAGUUGGGGUGGCUUAUUCUCCGGCGAAUGCAGUCGCUCAUUUGAGCUACAGCAACGCCAACGAUCACGUCAACUACGCCUGGUAAAAGUAUACGUAAAAGCAGAUAUAGAACAAGCGAUGACUGAUUACGUCGGGCUGAAUUCUCGAUGGAUCCCAGCUGUGCGUAGAAACAUAUUAUAUAUUAGGUUUUGUACUCAUUUUGUAGACUAGCAGUAAGAAGUUGAUAAUAAACUCUGAAGCCCAGUAA